AUGCAGAGGCAGAGCACUACAACACGGCCCAAAGCUACUUCAGUCACCCUAAACCGUCUGUCCACAUUCCAGUCCACUGCUGCCCCCCGAACAACAACCGCCGUCCACCCUUCCUGCCAUAUAUGCGGACUAAUACGUAGCAAUUCAGCCAGAAACGUAAACGCACAGCGGAGCCCCCACCACGCAGCUGGAAGAAUGCUCAGAGCUCGACAUACUAGCAGCGGAAUAUACCACCGACGAUCAACGCCCAGUAUUACCGCCACUCGAGGAUGCAGCCUGUUUGUAGUAACGUCUCUCGGUACAGGUAUAUCAUCUGUAAGACUAGGAGAAGGAGGAAUGUUGGUGGAUGUCGAAUGGAGGGUAGAGGGAGACGUAAUUGAAGACGACAACGCGGCUGAUCGAAGGGAAUGGUUCGAUAUGGCUUCUACAGGUAGUUCCGAGUCUAAGGAAGGGUUAAAGGGAGCGUUCCGGUUGCGAAGGCCAGAGACGAGAGCAUUGCGGCUGCGGGUUCGAGGUGGUUGGAGAGGAGGAAAGGAAGGGAUUUUGAGAGUAGACGCCAGUCUCAAUUCACGGCAUAGAAGCCGUUACCCUUCCUGCCUCAAAUGGCGUAGUAUAAUUCUUUGUAAUAGAGAGCUGGACGGCUAUUGGGAGUAUCGUGGCAGCUUUCUGUGUUGUUUCAGUAGACGGGGAGUUGCACUUGUUUUUGUUUCCCCACAAUCACCGAUAAGCCUCGAAGCAAGUAGAAUUGGGUUGGAUCGGGCUGAAGAGGUAGAAGUGGUAUCAACGGCAGUACCGCUCGGUAGAGGUGAUUGUGUCCUAAAGUGUUGCCGAGAAUAUACGAUGUCUGAUAUCCUUCCAGCCAAACACUCAUUGAUAUCAGUACCGCAAAACAGAAGAGCAUGA